AAGAGAAGGCUCAGAGGAGACCUCAUUGUACUUUACAAUUACCUUAAAGGAGGCUGUGGCAAGGUGGGGAUCGGGCUCUUCUCCCAUGCACCAAGUGAUGAGGGGAAAUGACCUCAAGUUGCGCCAGGGAGGUUUUAUGUCAGAUAUUAGGAGAAAUUUCUUUACUGAAAAGGUUGUGCGGCAUUGGAACAGGCUGCCCAGGGAAGUGGUUGAGUCACCAUCCCUGGAGGUAUUCAAGAAACAUGUAGAUGUAGAAUUUAGUAGCAUGGUUUAGUGGUGGACUUUAGUACUAGGCUAAAGGUUGGACUUGAUGAUCUUAGAGGUCUUUUCCAACCUGAAUCUCUGGAACACGUCUAACUGAACAUGUUCUGCAGUAUCACUGGAUACUUGAGAGAGCAUCAAAAUCAAUGUGAAGUAAUUACAGGCACCAUUUUGCUUUGAAUCAGACCUAUAGGGCAAAGAUUCCCAAAGUCUGGAAUACCUAUUGCUUAUACCAAUAUAUAAGUAAAUAAAUAAUAAUCAGUGAAAAGAUACCCCAAACCUCUAAUUUUGCCUGGUUGGGGGCACUGGCAGAAUUUAGAUCAGAAAUUAAAUGCCUUCAUUUGAGUAGGAUACAGUUCACAGCAACAAAUUACUACUGGGUGGGACACGAGAAGCAGGCAGCCAAACGUGUUCUGCUGGGCUGCACCCAUAGUGCCUGCAGGAGCUCAUCCAGUUCUGGUGUUUAGGUUUUAGGUUCAGCCUGAAAGACUAAGACCCAGAGACAGAAUAAGAUCAGAUACAUGGGUUUUGUAAUGUGAAGUGUCAUUUACAAGCUUAAGGAGAUAUAAUCGGGUCUGAAGUGUGCAGAGGGACUAAUCCUGCGAGUGAAGGCAGACCACUCCAACCACCUGGGGUCCCCACCUCCUCAGCGUCUAGUUCCUCCACACUAGUAGUGUGAGCCUGGAAAGGCACAGCUGCACAAAUCAUUGGCACCCCAGAGAGCAGCACUAGAAACCCCCGUCUGGAAAGCGAAAGUUCUGCCUUUAAACCCACGGUGCCCGUUCAAAGUUUCCUUCCAAGCCUUUGGGAGCGACACUUCCCCGUGCCCGUCCCUCCAGGGGCUGGACAGCCGCACUCGGCAGCCGCCCGCAAACGAAACCGAAAGGGCUCGAAAGUAGCCGGCUUACGGGGCGGCGACCUGCGGGCGGGCUGCCGGUGGACCCCGGCUGCGGCGCUCCCCGGCCGCCCCUGCAGUAUCCCCCGACCCCGGCCCCGGCCCCGGGCACCGCCAGCGCGACCAUGUCGGCGGAGUGCCGAGACGAGUGCUUCCUCUACAUGAUCUCCUGCUUCAGGCCGCGGCUGAAGCAGUGCAUCCGGGUGCUGCCGGUGCUGGACUGGCUGCCCUCGCUGAGCCGGGAGGAGAAGGAGAAGGUGCGGGUGGCGGCGGAACAGCGGGGCGAGGUGGAGGGGGCCGAGGAACUGCUGCGCGCUGUGGAGCGCGGCCCCCGUGGCCAAGGUUGGUUCCCCGAGUUCCUGCAGGCGCUGGAGAGAGGUGGCUGUGACCUGGCUGCCCGCUACGUGAACCCCAGCCAGCUGCCCUCACCCACCGAGGAGGCUGACCACGACCUCUGCGUGCACUUGGUGCAGCUGCUCCACGCCACCCUGGUGGAUAGGAUGCAGACCAGGCAGGUGGCCGAGAAGUGCCUGCAGAUGGACAUUUUCCAGGAGGAGGACCUGGAACGGAUCAAUGCUGUUACUGACACUCGUGGGAACAGAGAUGGUGCAAGGGAGCUGUUGAGUAGAAUAGUGCAGAAAAAGGAUUGGUUCUCUCCUUUUUUGGUUGCUCUGCGUCAAACACAACAUGAAGACCUUGCAGAUGAUUUAAGCGGAAAUACAGGAGGAAAAGAGAAUAAAGAAAACGGGGUGAAGAACAGUACAAACAAAGAAACAGAAGCUGCAAGCCAACCAGGACAUACUGUAGUGGAGGACUUGAAACAGCAAGAAAAUCUGGAUAGUGGUUCUGUCAGUGAAAAUGGUGUAUUGGAAACAUCUGUUGAAAAGAAUUCUGUAGUUUUGGAAUCAGAUGCCGCUACAGAAGAUAGAAGUGUCAGUAACAUGAAUGAAAACCUGGGACAGAGCAGUACAACCAGUGAUUCAGAUGAAGAUGAAAUGGAGAGCAGAGCUUCACCUGAACCAGAUCUGAUCCUGAGAGAUUACCAGAUGGAAGUUGCAAAGCCAGCACUGAAUGGGGAGAAUAUUAUAAUAUGUCUCCCUACAGGCAGUGGUAAAACCAGAGUGGCUGUUUACAUUACCAAAGAUCACUUGGAUAAGAAAAAAAGAGCAUCAGAGCCUGGAAAAGUUAUAGUACUCGUUAAUAAGGUACCAUUAGUGGAACAGCAUUUACGAAAAGAGUUUAAUCCAUUCCUGAAACGUUGGUAUCAGGUUAUUGGUUUAAGUGGUGAUUCUCAGCUGAAAAUCUCAUUUCCUGAAGUUGUCAGAAGAUAUGAUGUAAUCAUCAGUACAGCACAGAUUCUUGAGAAUUCACUGUUAAAUGCAACUGAAGAAGAUGAAGAAGGUGUCCACUUAUCAGAUUUUUCACUCAUCAUUAUUGAUGAGUGUCAUCACACUCAAAAGGAAGGCGUCUACAACAACAUAAUGCGACGCUACGUAAAAGAGAAGAUGAAGAACAGAAAACUGGCGAAAGAAAACAAACCAUUGAUUCCACAGCCUCAGAUUCUGGGACUUACAGCCUCACCUGGAGUAGGAGGUGCAAAUUCCAACCCAAAAGCUGAAGAACAUAUUCUAAAAAUCUGUGCCAAUCUUGAUGCACGUAGAAUCAUGACUGUUGAAGAACAUGCCUCCCAACUGAAAAAUCAGGUGAAGGAACCAUUUAAGAAGACUGUGAUUGCAGAUGACCAAAGAAGGGAUCCAUUCAGAGAAAGAAUUAUUGAGAUCAUGACAGAUAUUCAAAACUAUUGCAAGCUCUAUCCAAAAUCUGAGUUUGGAUCUCAGCCAUAUGAACAGUGGGUGAUUAGAGAAGAGAAAAAAGCUGCAAAAGAAGAAAAACGCAAGGAACGUGUCUGUGCAGAACACUUGAAGAAAUAUAAUGAUGCUCUGCAAAUUAAUGACACCAUCCGAAUGGUUGAUGCAUACAAUCACCUAAAUAACUUUUAUAAGGAGGAAAAAAGCAAGAAAACAGUAGGAAGUGAUGAUGAUGAUGAACCAGCAGUAUCAAAACAGGAUGAAACAGAUGAAUUUCUAAUAGAUUUAUUUCAUGCAAAAAAGAAACAUCUAAAAGAGUUGGCUAGAAAUCCAGAAUAUGAAAAUGAGAAGCUGAUAAAGUUGCGAAACACUUUAAUGGAGGAGUUCACAAAGACUAAAGAACCUAGAGGAAUUAUUUUCACAAAGACUCGGCAAAGUGCUUUUGCUCUAUUCCAGUGGAUUACGGAUAACCCAAAAUUUGAAGAAGUGGGGAUUAAGGCUCAUUAUCUUAUUGGAGCUGGACACAACAGUGAAACUAAACCCAUGACUCAGAAUGAGCAAAGGGAAGUCAUUGAUAAAUUCCGAGGUGGAAGUGUAAAUUUACUUAUUGCUACUACUGUAGCUGAAGAAGGCCUGGACAUCAAAGAGUGUAACAUCGUUAUUCGCUAUGGCCUUGUCACCAAUGAAAUUGCUAUGUUGCAGGCCCGUGGUCGAGCUCGAGCUGAUGAGAGCACCUAUGCACUUGUGGCUUCGAGUGGCUCAGGAGCUGUUGAACGUGAAGAUGUAAAUAUUUUCCGUGAGAAAAUGAUGUAUAAGGCCAUUCAGCGUGUCCAGAGGAUGCCGCAGGAAGAAUAUUUAAAUAAGAUUGAGAGCUUCCAGUUGCAAAGUAUAAUGGAAAAACAAAUGAAGGCAAAAAGAGAUCAGCGUAAGACAUAUAAGAAAAACCCUUCACUAAUAACAUUCCUAUGCAAGAAUUGCCAUAAGCUGAUAUGUUCAGGAGAAGAUAUACAAGUUAUUGAAAACAUGCAUCAUGUCAGUGUGAAAAAAGAUUUCCAACAUCUUUACCAUACAAGAGAAAAUAAGACACUGCAAGAUAAACAUGCUGAUUACCGGACAAAUGUGGAAAUUAUAUGUAAAGAUUGCGGACAAGCUUGGGGAAAUAUGAUGGUUCACCGAGGUCUUGACCUGCCUUGUCUAAAGAUUAGAAAUUUUGUGGUUGUUUUUGAAGACAAGAAAACAACAAAGGAAAUUUUUAAGAAAUGGGUAGAACUGCCCAUCAGGUUCCCCAGUUUUGACUAUGCAGCUCAUUGUCCUUCAAGUGAUGAAGACUGAGGACUCAGAAUGAAAAUAAAUGUGUUUUUCGUCUCUUCUCUGACUGCUGAUUAUAGAGAGUGUUAUAGAGAGUGCUGCAUCCUAAACACAGUGAAAGCUCCAGAGCAUGAAGACACUGCCUUGAAGAGGAGAAGACCCAAGGGAGGAGAAGGACAAAGUCACGUGGCAGCUGUAUGCACUCAGAUUUGCAGUGGCACUCCAAGACAAAUAAGACCAAAUACAUUGCAGUGAUGUGUAUCCAUGGAACAAAUUCCCCUCUCAGUAUAGUCCAAUGUGGGGUGGCAACACUGUCAAAAGUGUGUUUGGUGACCUGUCUUUAAGCACAGAACAUAAGACAGUCAUCCUGACACUUGCUGUGGUGACUGUUUUCUGUUUUGCUUUCUGCUACAACCCUUAUGAAGAUAAAGUGUCUUAAAAAAGAAACCACGUAAAGAGAACAGAUUACAUGAGUGUAAUUUUUGAGUCAUUGUAGCUUCUGUGUUUUCAUGACAGAGUCCUUUCUCUCUUACCUUUAGCUGUAAGCUCAGGCAUUUUUACAGACUAAGUUUCCAUUAAAAGAAAUUUCAAAAAAAUCAAGCCCUUAAGUUGACUUUAAAUUGAUUAUCUUAAUGUCCAAGAAGGACAAUGACAAUUGACUUUCUGUGUGUUAGCUUCAUAGGAUUGUUAAACUGGCUAUAGCCAUUGAGGUACGUAUUUUUUUUCAAUAAAUGAGUGUAAUAAAUAACUUUUACCAACU